AUGACAAACAUUAAUCCAGAGAACAACACAGAAUAUACUGCAACAGGAGUUGUUUACAAUGAUCUAGAUCAGAUCGUGAAACUUAAUGCACCAAAAAGAAGGAACUUAAUAAGACAACCUCCACCAAGGAUUUAUGUUGAUGAUGGGAGUAAUGGGUUCAACUUAGUGUAUCAUUACUCAUAUCCUCAAUAUGCAGAGUAUGGAUCUAAACUAAAUGUGACAAAUCAUUACAUGAACUUAUAUGAUGAAGGUAGGUUCCAUAAACCAAGUCAGAAAGAGUCAGAGUUUGCAAGAUUACAUGAAUACGCCGAUCAUGAUGGCUAUAGUGAUUACUCAAUGCCAGUAAGAAUUUAA